AUGUGGGGAACCCAAGCUUGCUCCACAGAACCUCAUGUCAACUUGUCAACCAUCAUGGCCGACUCAGAAUACGCUGAUGAUGAGUCGGAAUACGACAGCCCAUCCUCUUCAAGGGCGGUGGUGAUGGACGCGUUCCUCGCCCCUCUCCGCGCGUUGAUCUCCAAGUCCGCCCUGCGGGUCUACGUGAAUACCCUGCUGUUUCUCGGCGCCGCACUGCUCCUCUUUGGAGUCUCCGGCUUUGCAUACGGGGUGUUCUAUUUGAGAUUCAUCCCCACGGUGGGACUGGAGCGAGAGGUGCAUCUACAAUUUGGUACUGACUCGGUUGCCAACAGCGAUGGCCAUCCAUGGGGAACCGCCUCCGUCGACUCGAAGUUUGUGUCGCUGCAGCCCUACGAUGUCGCUGUCACCCUCGAAUUGCCGCGUACGCCCUCCAACCUCGACACCGGCAACUUCAUGGUCGACCUCGCCCUCUUCUCCCGCCCUGCCGCGUCCGUGCUCCCAGGCUCGACCAAUGCACUGAACCGGCUCUCCCACUCCCGCCGACCGGCGAUCCUGACCUACACCUCGCCGCUGGUGGAUGUGGCUCGACGUUUGGCGCGUCUACCGCUUUACGUGGUCGGCUGGCGCCGCGAAGCCGAGAUGCUUGAAGUACCUAUGAUGGAGAAGGUGGAGUUUCAGCGGGGCGCACGCAAUCUGCCUCAGAGCCUACGCCUUGAAAUCCAAAGCGAUGGGAAGAUGCAGGUCUACUCUGCUCGGGUGGAGUUCCGGGCCCAGUUCACGGGGUUGAGAUAUUUCAUGUACCGGUGGAAACUGACCUCCUUUGUGGUUUUCAGCUCCGUAUUCUGGUCGCUUUCCCUGGCUUCUGCCGGUGCCACUUGGUUGCUUUUGACAUGGGCGCUGCGGCCCCAGGAAACACCCGAGAGUAUCAAGGCUGAACCACGCGACCUAAUCAAGGAGGAGCCAGAAGAAGACAGUAGCUCGGAUGAAUCGGUGGUUGUCAAGAAGGAGGAGCCUGAUAGUACGCUGGUCAAAAGCUAUCCCGUCGAGGGAGACGAAUCCGGGAUUGGUUCUGGACUUGAGAGCGCAGAAGCGCGUGGAGUACAGAAACGGCGCAGUCAUUUGACCCAGGAUGGCGAUUGA